UUAAAAACAGAGUGGGCUACCUGGGUUCUUCAGUGGGGCUAAUGGCUGACUCUGGGAGGGCUCACGCUAAGGAGUACUUCCCAGAACUUCUGCUGCCAGUGUCCUUGUCCUCAUGGUGAGACAGAGCCACCCACCACCUCUGCAGGAGACCCUCCAAUACUAGCAGCCUCAAGACAUUCAGAAGACAAUAUUAAAGGGAAUCAUUAACAGCCUGUUACAAGAAUGGAAAAGUCCAUGAACAAAAGAUUAUCUUAGAGCAUAUUUUAUACUUUUACAGAAUCCUCAAUUUAAUAACACAUCUACAUAUGUCAUCUAUGCUCACUUGCUACGACAGAUAGCUAUGUUAGUGGAAGUUGACCAUCAUUUCCUAGUUCACUGGUUUAAAAAAUUAUCCCAGAAGAGGUUCAAACAAUUGGUAGAGAGAUUGCUGCAGUUUAUUUCUUUACACCUGUUUCCUGCAAAGCCUGAAGAAUUUCCACCUAUAUCAAAGUGUUCCUGGUGGAUCCCAUCAUCAUCUAAAGUGUUGGCUUUACUUAAUACUGCAAACAAUUUGGUUCUUCCUCCCCUUAUUCCUUAUACUGAUUUCUAUAAUUCUACAUUGGAUCAUAUUGAUCUCAUGGAAGAAUACCACACCUGGCAGAGCUUUGGAAAUUCUCACAGCAAAGUUUGGUGGAUAAAGUAUCUAGAAGAGAGAGACCUGAUAUGAAUAUGUUAUUUCUAAAUAUGAAAGUAAGGUGGACAUAUCUGGUCAGCGAUUCUCUUGAUGAGUUAACCCGGAAAAGAGCAGACUUGCAAAAGAAGUUGAAAGUUACCUUUGUAGGGGAAGUUGGUUUGGGUACAGGCGGCUUGACUAAAGAAUGGUUCCUUCUUCUAAUUCGACAAAUUUUUCAUCCAGAUUAUGGCAUGUUUACGUAUCAUAAGGAUUCAUACUGCCAUUGGUUUAGCAGCUUUAAAUGUGACAACUAUUCUGGAUUCCGAUUGGUUGGAAUUCUUAUGGGACUAGCUGUUUAUAACAGCAUUGCUUUGGAUAUUCGUUUCCCCCGCUGCUGCUACAAGAAAUUAUUGAGCCCUCGCAUCAUUCCUAAUGACCAAAAUACGCCAGUAGGCAUCUGCAGUGUUACCACUGAUGACCUGAGUCAAAUUAUGCCUGAGUUGGCCCAUGGAUUAAGUGAACUCCUGUCAUAUGAAGGCAAUGUUGAAGAAGAUUUCUAUUCAAUAUUUCAGGUGUUUCAAGAAGAAUUCAGAAUAAUUAAGUCCUAUAAUUUAAAGCCAGGUGGUGAUAAAAUUCCAGUUACCAAUCAAAAUAGGAAAGAAUAUGUACAGCUUUAUAUUGACUUUCUUCUCAACAAAUCCAUCUAUAAGCAGUUUGCUGCAUUUUAUUAUGGAUUUCACAGUGUGUGUGCUUCAAAUUUCCUAAUGCUUCUUCAUCCAGAAGAGGUUGAAAUUCUGGUCUGUGGAAGUCCUGAACUGGAUAUGCACGCCCUGCAGAGAAGUACUCAGUAUGAUGGCUAUGCAAAAACCGACUUGACUAUACAAUACUUUUGAGAUAUUGUGCUUGGAUUUCCUCUUGACCUUCAAAAGAAGUUGCUACAUUUUACCACAGGAAGUGACAGAGUACCUGUAGAAGGAAUGGCUGACUUGAACUUUAAAAUCUCAAAGAAUGAAACUUCAACUAACUGGUUGCCUGUGGCCCACACCUGCUUCAAUCAACUUUGCCUUCCCCCCUACAAGAACAAAAAGGACCUGAAACAGAAAUUGAUUAUUGGAAUUUCAAAUUCAGAAGGUUUUGGACUUGAGUAACCUAGAAGACUUAAAAUAUAUUUUAUAUGUAGCAUUCACUUCCCUCUCAUUGUGCCUUUAAGCUUUUCAUGUUUCUGUCUCAAAACACCUUGACAAAACACACCAACUUUAAAAUACUGAUUUUUUAAAAAUCAAAUAUGAAGUAUGUUCAGUAGAGGCAUGGUUUUCUAAAAAUACAACACUGCUUGAGUGAGAAAAAGACCAGAUGGCAGAGACAGGUGUGGGUCCAGUCCCUCUUUUUUAUAACACUUUAUCAUUCUCCAUAAGUAGUUUGUCACAGGUGUUCCACUGGGAAAGCAUUGUGCAGUAAAGAAUGCACUGAUGACAAAGUGGAGACCAGUGGCAGCUUGUGUGCUGCUAGCACACUGUAGCAACACAGAUAGCUACAUUUUCAUUAAUGUAAGGCAUGUAGCCAUAUUUUCAUAUAGCGGUUAAACAACAGUAUAAUUGCAAAUGCAAUUUACAGGGUUUUUUGAUAUACUGGCUUUCGUUCUCUAAGAUUCUUUUCAACCAUUGCUGAAAAGCAUGUAAAUAACGACAUAAUAGCCUGAGAAUAAUGGGAUUUUGAUAGUGCCAUUUAUUGCUAAAGAUUUAUUUUUACAAAGUAAAUUCAGGGUUUUAGAUGUGUAUACAGCUUUUACAAAUCAAUAAAGAUGAUUGUAUAAGGGUGUAAAAAGAAACAGUGAAAAACUGAAUAUUUUCCCUCUAAAAUUGGGAUAAGGUAAGGAUGUCUGUACUCACUAUUUUAUUAAACUAGAAGUUCUAGUCAGUGCAAUAGGGUGAGAAAAACAUUAAAGAAAUAAAUUGGCUCUAUUUCCAUAUGAUAUGAUUGUUUACAUCGAAAAUCUCAAGGAAUAUACAAAAAAAUUCUUAGAACUAUUAAGAGAUUUCAACACAGUUGCAAGAUUUAUGAGUGACACAUAAAAAUCAAUUAUAUUUGUAUAUACUAAGAAGCAAUCCCACUACUGGGUAUAUACCCAGAGAAAACCAUAACUCAGAAAGAUACAUGCACCCCAAUGUUCAUUGCAGCACUAUUUACAAUAGUCAGGUCAUGGAAGCAACCUAAAUGCCCAUCGACAGAUGAAUGGAUAAAGAAGAUGUGGUACAUAUAUACAGUGGAAUAUUACUCAGCCAUACAAAGGAAUGAAAUGGAAUCAUUUAUAGAGACAUGGAUAGACAUAGAGACUGUCAUACAGAGUGAAGUAAGUCAGAAAGAGAAAAACAAAUAUCAUAUAUUAAUGCAUAUAUGUGGAAUCUAGAAAAAUGGUACAGAUGAACCUGUUUGCAAGGCAGAAAUAGAGACACAGACGUAGAGAACAAA